GGUAAAAAUACAACAAAAACGAGUUGUUACAAAGCGAGGCAACGACACGUAAACAUAAUUUGGGGGUACAAGGUCCAAAUCUUUCAUAACAUUUAUAGGCACAAUGUUGAUUUGGUAUUUUUUAGUAUUUAAGUCAUAAAGAUAGUUUGUUCAGAAAAUUUGGAUUUUUGAAGCUUUUUAUAAUUUAAUGAACUAUACAUGUUUAUUUUGACAUUAUAUAGGUUACUAUUUAAAAAUGGAAAGAUAAAUAUUUGUUUUUUUUUUUAAAUCAAUCAAUAUUAAAGAUAAAUUAAAACAAUGUGGCUGCAAAUUUUUUCUAUUAUACUAUUGGUAUGUGCUCAUAAGAAUAAUGGCCAUGAUCAUGGCCAUGACCAUGGUUCCCAUGGUCAUGCUCAUGGACAUCAUGGCCAUGCUCAUGGACAUCAUGGCCAUGCUCAUGGACAACAUGGUCAUGCUCAUGGACACCAUGGCCAUGCUCAUGGAGACCAUGGACACGCACACGGUAAAAAAAAUGACCAUGCACAUCUUGAAGAUGAUCACGCUCAUGGAGAGGCACCACAUUUUAAAUGGUCAAAAAAAGCAAACAUAAAAGAAAAUGAACAAGAAAAACCUAUUUCAAAAGGUACAAAUGAAAACCAUAAAAAAUCUGAAGGACAUUCUAAGGAAGAGCAUAUACACUAUGAAAAUGAAAAACAAACAGUGCAUUCUGAAAGUCAUUCUCAUAGUUAUGCUGAAGAAACAAAAACAAAUAAGAUGUAUGUUCCUCCUGCAAAUGAACCUGUUCUAUGGUUUGAGCCAUUAUUAGCAACUGCUGUUAUAAGUGCUGCUCCAUUUUUUAUUCUUUUUUUUGUGCCCAUAAAUAGCAACUCUGAGGAGAAUAAACCUUUCCUCAAAGUUUUGCUUGCAUUUGCAUCUGGUGGGCUAUUAGGGGAUGCUUUACUUCAUCUUAUACCCCAUGCAAUAUCUCCCCACAGCCAUGGAGGGGAAUCACACAGUCAUAGUCAUAAUCAUUUUGAAGGACAUGAUCAUUCUAGUGACAUGCUAGUUGGUAUGUGGGUUUUAGUUGGUUUGAUAACCUUUUUAGUGGUUGAGAAACUUGUAAGACAUGUAAAAGGAGAUCAUGGGCAUUCCCAUGCAGUACAUAAUAUAACUGAUAAGAAAAAAAAUGACGAAGAUAAAGAAACAAAAAAUAAAGAAAACACAAAGAAGAAAGAAACCAGUGACAAAGAAAAGAAAAAAGUUGUAGAUGUUAAAAAAGAAGAUAUCAAAGUUACUGCUUACUUAAAUCUUGCUGCUGAUUGUACACAUAAUUUUACUGAUGGAUUGGCAAUAGGAGUUUCAUUCUUAGUAAGUCGUAAUGUUGGCUUAAUUACUACUUUGACUAUUUUUUUACACGAAAUUCCACACGAGAUAGGAGAUUUUGCAAUACUUAUUCAGUCUGGUUGCACAAAGAGAAAGGCAAUGGCAUUACAGUUGUUUACUGCUGUUGGCGCUUUUGCAGGGUGCAUAUGUGGCUUGUUAGCUGAAGGUCUUGGAGCAGCUGCUUCUAGUUGGAUACUACCAUUUACUGCUGGUGGUUUCAUAUAUAUUGCCACAGUUUCUGUUAUUCCUGAACUACUAGAGGAAACCAACAUUAAGCAGUCAAUCAAAGAGAUAUUAGCUCUUCUAGUUGGUGUUUUGUUGAUGGUUUUUAUUGCAACCAUGGAAUAAAAUUUUUUCUCGAAGCAAAAACUCUAACAUAUUUUAGGAUGACUUAUUUAGGAUGACAUUUUUAAUAACUUAGUAAAAUAAAUAUAAAAGCUAUUUAUUAA